AUGCUGACAUUUUUCAUAGUAACAAAACUGUUACUAUUAAAAAUUUUAUUGGCCAGUAUAUCUGGUCUGAGUGGAUAUGAGUAUGGGUAUCAUCCAAGUGCAGAAGAAUUCGAUCAGUUCUUACGUGAAACGAGCAAAACUUGGACCAGAGAUUUGCUUGCAAAUCAAAGACGUAGUUCGUGGACGCAAACGUAUCCGAAACGCAAUGACGCAGGUGAUUUUGUGCCAAAAUAUAAUUAUAAAAAUUUUAAUAAUUUAAAUACGCUAAAUAAAUGGACAGAAUAUGUGCAGAAAGUAACGAAACCAACAUCACAUAAUCGUAAUGAAUUUCCUGAUCAAGAAAGUGCAUCAAGUAUAUUACAUGCUGGAAACAGCAUAGGUUCCACUUUAGAUUUUACUAUGUUCAGUGAUGAAAACAAUGAUCCAACAGCAACAGAAAUAUAUAAAGUGCAAAAUCCUAAACCAAUGCAACAGCAUUUAAGUGAAAGUGUUGAAUUUGUAACGAAUAACAGACCUUCUGUGGGAAGUAUUGCGUCCACGAGACCAAAUUUUUUUAACAAUCAAAUUAAACAAACUCAUGGUGACAUAGUAAAUAUUGAAGAUUCUACUGAAAGUAGUAAAAUUGUGAAUACUGAAAAUAAUUUAUCACUCAUUAAUGCCUAUCAAAAUAAUAGUGAAGCACAGUUUCCCAUAUUCUUUACAAAUCCUGCCACUGGCAUUGUCUAUGCUAUAACCGAAAUCGGCAAAAUGCAAAAUAAUAAUACUACCUCAAAUGAAAGUAUACCCAUUUAUAUAACAAAAGAACAAUAUGACCGUGAUAUGUAUUUGCUUAGAAGACAUUAUGAAUACAAUUGCCAGAGUAAUGGUUUGAGCACUGAAAAUAAAUUCCUAACACCUACCACUAUAACCUCUGUGUUAUCAGCCUCACCAAAUACAACUGGUCGACCACAUAUUAUCAGAUUACAAAAACCGUCAAAUUCUGUAACGAAAUUAUUUACUGAAAAGUUUCCAAGUGAAAUUAAUAAACCACCACCUGUGAUGGUGCAAACUGAAUUAACCGUGAAUGAUCAUGUCAAUAGACCACCGAAAACAAAAAACAAGCCCUCCACUAAAAAAAAGAAACGCAAAAAAAUUAAACGUCCAAUUAGAAAACCAACUGCGAACACUGCUUUUAAGAAAUCACAGUUACAUACCGUUACAAAAUCUACAAUUCCAAAAAUUGUAAUAGGCACCCGCACAACAACAAUAAAACCCUCAACUAAUACUAAUCGUUUAUCAACACAGUUAGAAAAACCAAACAUUCCUACCAGAAUUUUCAAUAAAACUUCAAGCGUCUCUACUAAAAAGGUCCCGAGAAGUACUAAACGAAAUAUAGAUGACAUUCCUACGAUAAUUCAAUCAAAAAACAAAAGACGAAAACGAUCCUUAACAAAAAUAAAUGGUCUAACUAGUCAAGUUGAUAAUGCUAGAAAGACGUCUAACAGAACUCAUACACAUACUGUUUGGCCAACCACAGAAUCAAAUAUAAUUGCCAAACAGAAUCCUACAAGAAUUGUGCGUCAAAAUAAGUACAACCCCAAAACACCACGUAAGCGAAAGACUUCAAAACGAAACAAAGUAAAGAACACCAGGCAAACGGACAUACCAAAGCGAAAUCAGACUAAACUUUUAGUAUUGACUGCUUUAAGUAGGCAUAAUUCGACACAAGAAACAGAAACACAUAAUACAGGAACAUACCUAUUUUCUAAUUCGCUUAGUAAUAGUACAGAUAAAAAAGGCACCCCAAAACAAUUCCAUGCAACGCAAGAAAACGAGUCUUUGGGAAAUAAAACUGUCAUUAAAGGUGCGACAUCAUUGGGAAACCUGUCAAACUCUCAGAAAAAAAAACGUAAGAAGAAAAAGCGAAAAGAAGAACGUGGUGACUCAGGUUUCAAUAUAUUCGAUCUAAUCAGUGAUGAAGAUGAUGAUUAUUAUGACGAUGACGAUGAUGAUGCAUCUUACUAUGAGAAUGAUGACGACGAUAUACCCACAAGACGCAAACCUCCCAAACGAAAUAAAAUAAAAACUGAAGUAAGUACAGAACAAACCGAAUCAUUUGAAAAUUCUACUGCCGAUGAUUUAAAGGAAGAAUCAACGCAACAAAAUAGUAGCUCCGCAGAAGCUGGCGCUGACUAUGGUGCUAUGGAGGAAGAUACUAAUCUGCACGUUGACUACAAUAACAGUGAAGAGACAUUCGAUAACAGCGACCGCUUAAAAACUUCAAGUAGUAAAAAGCGCAUACGUCGUAGACCACAAAAUUCAUUUGAAGAUGAUUAUGACAAUGAUUAUUCUGAAGAAAAUGAUGAUAAUGAAGGCGGCGUUGGUGGCUUUUUUCGCAUGAUUUUCUAUCCAGUACAAGUUGUAAUGUCGAAAUUAAUUGAUGGUAACAAUAGAGGUAGUAACGAAGAUGAUGAUGACGAUGAUGAUGAAAUUAAAACUAAAUAUCCCACAUAUACAUUGUAUAAUAAUGCUAUAACACAUGAUGAGAGUGAAGAGACUGAAGAUAAUGAAAAAAAUUCUUGGAGUGAUUGGUUUAGUUCUUGGUUUGGCUUCAAUCGUCAAACAAAGAAAAUAGAUGAUGUUCCAAUAGCAACUGGAAAUUCAGAGAGUCCAGCAAAAACACAAAAUAAACAAAAGGAGCCAAGUUGGUUUGAUUUACUAUUCGGUUAUGGCGGUACGACGGAUGGAUCUAAAGAGGAAGAAAAUGAUUAUGAUAAAUGGUUCUCAAGUUGGUUUGAAUCAAAACCGAAAACAAGUCGACGCAAGAAAGCCACUACGACAACCACAACUACAGCAUCAACACCACAAGUGCCUAUUUUAACAAUUGUGGAUCCUCUAAAAAAUCCACAAAAUUGGAUAGGAAUUUUGGCACAUCACAUUAUCAAUUCAACAUCUACUACAACACAAAAUCCAAUCUUUCAAGCAAUCACCCGGGCUACUAGAACCACAACGACAACAACAGAAAAUCCCGAUUUGCCUACACGUAUCAACUAUGAUAAAUAUCAAAUUUGGCGUCUUAAGCCACAAGACGAAAUACAAGAGAAGGCUUUGGAAGAUUUGAAAAGAAGCGAGGAUGGUAUUAAAUUACAAUGGCUUAAGGGUCCUAGUCUAAGAGGUCUUACUGAUGUAUUGGUGCCCCCAAAAAUGCUUAUCGAUUUUCAAGGUACUCUAAAUUUUGAAGGUGUAGCGCAUGAGGUGCUUAUAUUUGAUGUUGGGAAAGCAAUUGCUUAUGAAAAAUCUAGAGAACAAUUUGUUAUUGCAACAACUAAGCGACCAAAGAAACAACAAACAAAAGUACAGCCUAUCACAAUGUCAUGGAACAAAUAUCACGGGUACGAUGACAUUGUAAAAUAUCUAGAAAUUUUACGCAUGCGUUACCCGCAAUUAGUUGAACUGAUACAUAUAGGACGCUCAUAUGAGGGCAGACCUUUGAUAGUCGUUAAAAUAGAAUCCAAAGACACAACAACAACAACAACAAAUUUAGACAGUGAAGAAUAUGGCAACAACCAUGCGGAGGUCAAACGAAAGAAACUACGUUUAAAAGAGAAAUCAGGUGAAGCAAAUGCUGUAUUUAUUGAGGCUGGCAUACAUGGUUUAGAAUGGAUAGCACCAGCGACAGCGUUAUGGAUGAUCAGCGAGGUGUUACGCAUCAUGAAGAACAACAAAGACAAUACCAAAUCGGACUUUGUUAAACAAACAACUUGGUAUAUAAUGCCACUUUUAAAUCCCGAUGGUUAUGUUUAUAGUCAUGAAUAUGAUCGCUUUUGGAAAAAGUCACGUUCUCGACAUGUAACACGUCCAAGUGGUAUCAUAAAUUCGGCUAUGACAUGGUUGCAACAGAAAAGGGUAACAGAAAAAAUUUGUUACGGGGUAGAUUUGGACAGGAAUUGGCAUUAUCAAUGGGGCAAGCGAGGUAGCGCAAAAUCUCCAUGCAAUGAAUUUUAUGCUGGACCCAGAGCAUUUUCUGAACCGGAAACAAAAUCAUUAUCAGAUUUUCUAAUGGAUAAUAGAAGACAAAUUAAGCUUUACGUAUCCAUGCAAGCCUACGGUCAAAUAAUUUCAUUUCCUAUAAAAGCGAACGUAUCUUACAAUUCCAAUAUUAUGGAUGACCUAAACGAUGUAGCUAUGGUUGGUAUGGAUGGCUUGCGUAAGAAAGGCAGUAAAACGCGCUAUAAAAUUGAUUCUGCAAGAGAUUUAGUUGAGCAUCGCACAGGUUGCUCCGAUUCAUUUGCAGCCUAUGAGGCAGGAAUUCCCUUCAGCUAUACUUUACAAUUAGCAGAUAAUGGGGUACAUGGUUACUUAUUGCCAAGUUCAUCUAUAGCGCAAACUGCUAAGGAUGCUUUUGAGAUUGUAACAGCCAUGCUGGAUUAUAUUUAAAUCAAAGAAACUUUACAUCACAUAGCAAAGACCUGCUAAUUAUUCCUUGUAUAUACAUGAUAUUAUAUUAAGUUAUUGUUCUCAAUCUAGUUUAACAUACGCGUAUAAUACAA